CACAGAGUCGAGUCCAAUCGUUUGUCAGUGGGUCUGAGCGCGCGUGGUCGAGCAUGGCUUGCCUCGACGUUUGAUUAUCAUUUUUUGUUUACACUGUUUCAUGAUCAAGAUGAGAGUGAAAAUGCCAUAAUUGAAGGAUUCGACUGGUGCAAAAAUAAAACAGAGUUCAUGUUUCGAAAAGUUGUGCCCCAGUGACAGAAGGAUUUGUUUUUUUACUUUUAAAAGUGAAGGAGACUAGACUUCGCAUUACGAUUUGUCAUGACACAUGUAGAUUACAAAAUGAUUGAGAAAUCCAUGCUGACUAUGAGAGAAGAAUCAAUAUUGUCAAGUGAAAUAAUCAAAAGCUCAUCUUCGGUAACUUGGUUUUUCCUAAGCUUCGAGUUUCUUCUUGGCCUCGGGAUAUCCGCAUGUCUACUACUAUUAAGUUUCGUCAAAACGUUAUUACCUAAGCCACCGAGGGAUCUAACCGGUGACGUAGUAUUGGUGGCCGGGGCAACGUCGAAGAUCGGCAACUCCCUCGCCGAGGAGUUUGCCCGAAAUGGCUGCCUGGUCAUUUGCGUCGACGAAAAUGCUCAGGAAGUCGAGAAAACGGCCUCGCGACUAUGCCAACGAUAUCCCAGAGUCGAGUCCACGGGUGCGUCGUGUCGCAAACAGACCGCCGACGAUCAAGAGCAGCAGCACCACGAAGAUGAAAGAUCGACGUCGAUGAGAUGUCGCAGCCUUGCGUACGCCUGCAAUCUGUGCGAUCGUCAACAGAUCCAGGAAUUGGCUAAGAGAGUCAGAGAUGAGGUCGGAUACCUGGACACUUUGGUCACGUGCGCGGAGAGAUCCGAGCGAGAAAUUUUCGAUGCAGUUAGCAAUACUUUAAUGAGCCACUAUUGGACAGUUUUAGCGUUUUUACCAUCUAUGCUGCUGCAAGAGAAAGCAAGAGUCAUUGGAAUCACUCCCACAGCUUCUAUCAAUGACGCAUACGAAGGAUCAAAAGCAGCUCUUGCAGGUUUAAUGGGAUGUUUGGGCGAACAAUUCACUGGACGAAACAAUGGACUGACUUUUAUGACUGUUGCACCUAAAGCUGAACCAAGCUUACUCAAACAAAGCGAGAGUGAUAUUGCCAAAGAAAUAGUACAAGCAGUACAAAGAGAUUCAUCUUCCAUCUCUAUGGGUAAACUGUCAAACUUGUUGUACGUCGUGAGUUGCAGACUGUACGGUGGCAUCACGUUAAUAACGAAGUGGCUUGAAGCGUGAUUUUCUUCUUCUUCAAUUUCAUAAAACAUCGAAAGCUCAGUACGCUGUUUUACAAAUAACGUAUUGCACGUAUUAAUCAUCACAUCAUUUAAAAUCAAACCGGUGCAAUCUAUUAUGGAUUUAAACUACAAAUGUUGUUUUUAUCACAAUUUGUUUUAUAAUAUUUUUUGUACUAAACUAUCGAGUAUAUACAAUGUAAAAAUGUCUCUGACAAA